GUGAAUCACUCUCACUCUCACUCUCAAAUGGCGACGCUUUUAGGCUUCUCUCAAACGAAGUUUCACCAUUGCGGCGUCUCGAUUCCUACGCCGCCGUGCUCAUCUUCUUCCACGGUGGUCUCAAUGGUUGGCUCGAGCCGGACUGAUUCGAAAAAGCUCCGGACAGAUUUUCUCGGCCAUAUUGGUUACGAUGAUCGGAGACAAGUAAGACCCAGUUCCUGUAAAAGCUCAUUAGCUGUGAAAAUGUCGUGGGACGGUCCUCUUGCUUCCGUCAAGUUGAUCAUCCAAGGAAAAAACCUCGAGUUAUCAGAGCCAAUCAAGCAGCAUGUUGAGGAGAAAGUAGGGAAAUCUGUUCAGAAACACAGUCAUCUUGUGAGAGAAGUUGAUGUAAGACUCUCUGUUCGUGGUGGAGAGUUUGGUAAAGGCCCUAGGAUUCGUAGAUGCGAGGUGACAUUGUUUACAAAGAAGCAUGGUGUUGUGCGUGCUGAGGAAGAUGCUGAGACGGUAUACGCUUGUAUCGACUUGGUAUCAACGAUAAUACAGAGGAAGCUGAGGAAGAUCAAGGAGAAGGACUCAGAUCAUGGAAGGCACAUGAAAGGUUUCAACAGAUUGAAGGUAAGAGAACCAGUGAUUGAGCCGGUUGUGGAGGAUGUUGAGGAUAGUACUGACUCGAGCCUAGGAGAAGAAGAAGAAGAGGAUGAUUUGAUCAAGGAGAUUGUCCGUACCAAGACUUUUGAGAUGCCACCAUUGACUGUCUCUGAGGCAGUUGAACAGCUGGAAUUAGUCGCCCAUGACUUCUAUGGCUUCCAAAACGAAGAAACUGGUGAGAUUAACAUAGUGUACAAGAGAAAAGAAGGAGGUUACGGUCUGAUUAUCCCAAAGAAAGACGGGAAAGCCGAGAAGGUUGAGCCGCUUCCAACCGAGCAACUGAAUGAACACUCUUUUGCCGAGUAGACUCUCUGCCCACAUCAAAACAGAUCAGUUCAUCUCUCCUUACAGUUGCUUGUGUAGGAGUUAGGGUUCUUGAGAAAACAAUGAAACAAAGAUUGUAGA